UCUCUUUCAAAAACAGGUUUGGUUGCUUCUCUCCUCAUCUGAUAUAUAAACCCACCUACUUACUUAGUACACCUUGCACCCAUGGAAUAAUCACACACCACCUCGCAUUCCUUCAUUCAUUCAUUUCCCCUAAGGCACCAUUAAACUUCAAUAGUGUAAAUUUUGAUGUCGUCAGUUUGUCUGAAAAUGGAGGUGGUGGUGAAGUCAGAUGUUGCAGACCCCAAACAACAACAACAGCAGCUGCUGCAGAACCAACAUUUCCAUGUAUUGGCUGUAGAUGACAGCCUUUUGGACAGGAAACUCCUGGAGAGGCUCCUUAGAGGUUCUUCAUAUGAAGUGACUUGUGUGGAUUCUGGGGAUGAAGCACUAAAAUAUCUGGGUUUGCUUGAAGACCUAAACCGAAGUACUGCAACUUCCUCUUCAUCCAGCUCCCCUCAGUCAUCAGAUGUACCAGAGGGAUCAAAAGCCAUCAACUUGAUCAUGACGGACUUCUGUAUGCCCGGAAUGAGCGGCUAUGAUUUGCUGAAACGCGUCAAGGGAUCUUCUUGGAAGGACGUACCAGUCGUGGUCAUGUCAUCAGAAAAUGUUCCUUCAAGAAUCAGCAUGUGCUUGGAAGAAGGGGCAGAGGAGUUUCUGUUGAAGCCACUCCAGUUGUCAGAUCUGAAGAAGCUUCGGCCUUACCUGCUCAAAUCCCUCCAACAUUAUUAUUCUAACCACAAUGAGGCUGGUGGUGAAAAUGACCAAAAUGACCAAAAUGCCCAAACCAAAAGCACUACUGAGAUGACUCAUGUGAAGGGUACUACCAUCAACAGCAAUAGUAUUAGCAAGAGGAAGGCCCAAACAAUAUCAGAGAGAUCAAGGCCCAAGAUGAAGGGAUUAGGCGCUCUAGGCCCAAACAAUGUCAGAGACAUCAAGGCCCAAGGUGUAGGGACUAGGUGUUCCAGGCCCAAACAGUAUCAGAGAGAUCAAGGCCCAAGAUGAAGGGAUUACGUGUUCUAGUAUAAUCAAGAUUAAUUAGUUUAAAUUCAAUUUAUUACUAGUGGUGGUUGUUGUGGUGAGUAUUCUGUACAUACAGUAAUCACAUUUUCAUUCUUGUACUGCACACUCUAUUUUCCAACCAAAAUGUGGUUUCAUUUC